AUGGGUGAUGGAGAUGAGAAAAGCAAAGAUUUAUUAGGACGUUCUUCUUCUACUAGUGCAAAUGCAGAAGCAAGAAUGAAGUUUGGUUCGGUUGAUGCUUUAUCAGAGUUAGUUUGGUCUCCUCGCAACGGUCUAAGCCUAAGAUGUGCAGAUUUCAGUUCCCAAGGAAAGCCAAAAUUACUCUCUCCUAAUUUCUUUGAUAUAGGACAAAAAGCAAACAUGGCGGUUCUUCAUUCGAAUAGCACCAGUAUCGAAGAAGCCGGUUUCCGUGUAGAUGUUCAGUUGAGAAAUGAAGAUGAAGUGAACCAAGCGUGUAGCGUGAGGAGUAACGAAAUGAAUAGACCAUUGUCAGGGGUUGGUGGAUCUGUUGAGGAUGUGAAACAUGAAAGAGAGGAGAGGGUUGAAACUAAUGAUGAUGAUGAUAUAGGAAGUGAAGAAGCAGACAAAAGAGUAGGAAGUUCCAAGAGAUCGUUAGAUAGUCCGAGAGCUAUUGAAGGAAAAACCGGAAUUGAACAGUUGAGGUUGGAAAGUAGUGGAUCUCAAGAAGAACCGAGUAACCGUGGAGAUAAAGAAGAAGAGGAUAAGAUGAAUAAUAGAGUUCUGGACCGUUUAGAAUCAACAGAUGAGAAUGACUUUGCAACUCUUGCGGUUGCAGCUAGUAAGGAAGCUCUGGUGGUAUGUGAAGGCAAAGGGGAAGGCUUGGCGGAGAAUGAGACAGAUGCUGAAAUGGCUGGACCAAGUGGUUCAUAUAGGCGUCGUGCAAAAGAAAAAGGGAAAGGAAAAGCUUUAUCUGAUGGAAAUUUUGAUGGUGAUGAUAAUGAUGAGAGUUUCGGUAGUGUAGAAAGUUGCAACAGUGCGGGUUUGCUUUCAAGGGGGAAGAAAAGACCUGGCUUUGAGCAGGGGCUGAUUCUCGGAAGCAAACGGUUGAAAACACUAGGUGAAGAAUGUUUGGGGUCAACUUCAAAACUCAAGCAAGAUAGUUCCUUCAUGAAUUGGAUAUCAAACAUGACAAAAGGAAUCUGGAAUGGUAAUGAAGCAGACAAUCAUCCUUUUGUAGCUCUUAACACUACUUCAGAAGCUAAUGGUCAAGCCAAUGCGGUCGCUGAUCAGCAACAGUUGAGUCCAUGCUGCCUCAAGGAAAAUAGCGGAUGCAGGAACACCAACACCGGUUUCCAGUCCUUUUUCCAGUCCAUAUAUUGUCCGAGGAAAAGAAGUCAAGUUGCUUCUGAGAUGGAUUUCCCGAAUGAUACUAAUGCAGCUGCUUUGCAGGAACUUCCCUGGAUUCCUGAACAAUGUCCCAUUACCAAAGAGGAUCACUUGUCGUCAUCUGGUAAAGAGAUUGGUCCAGUGGCUGAACCCAUUCCAGAUGGAUUUAAUCAGACCAGCCAAACAUUCUCUUCCGAGAACAAACACGAGGAAAAAGAGCCAAACAUGUCUUUGUUGUCGCUUAGUAAGUCUAAGCCAGAUGAAGAGGAAAAGGCAUGUGGUGAAGCUGAUGGAAAGGUUUCCCAACGUUUAACCAAUAGAAACUCUGGUCUUGAAAGUUUGUGGAUAAGCCGGUUUUCUUCGAGAAGCUCUUUCCCUCAAAAAAAGGAUCUUCAUGAGAGAAUCACUAAUGAAGCAGCUAAAGAGGCCAAUGACUCAGCCUCAGACGUGGCUAAGACCCGUGAUUCGCAGAAAAUGUUGACAGACAAUAAUGUUAUAAUACCUAGUGUCAGCAAGCUAGACGGGUCCGAUAGUCCGAACCCGAUUCUUCCCAUAGUUUCUUCACUGAGAAUAGAGUCUUCAGAAGCAAUGGCUUCUAUGUUUGGAAGAAGAUUAGAAGCACUCAAACAGAUCAUGCCCUCUGGUUCUUUAGCUGAGAACAGACAGACGGAUCUAAUCUGUUUCUACUGCGGUAAAAAGGGUCAUCGGUUAAGGGAUUGUUUGGAAGUAACUGAUAUUGAGCUCAGAGAUCUAGUACACAACUUAAGUGCUCGGAAUGGAAGAGAAGAAGCGUCAAGUCUAUGCAUUAGAUGUUUUCAGCUAAGUCACUGGGCUGCAACAUGCCCAAAUGCUCCACCGUACAGCUCAGGAGCCGAAGAUAAAGCGAUGAAGCACGCGAUAGCUUCAACCUCUGGCACGAAACUGCCCUUAAGCGAUUUCACAACCAAGCAAGUGACAUAUGUACCAAAGGCGGUCUUUAACGCUGUUCAGUUGCUUCGCAUAACCCGCACAGACGUUAUCAAAUGGAUGAACACCAAGAAGUCUGUAUCGGGUCUCGAAGGGUUCUUCUUGCGGUUAAGGCUCGGAAAAUGGGAAGAAGGGAUAGGAGGAACCGGAUACCACGUAGCACGCAUAGAUGGGGCCAAGGAGGGGCAAAGCUCAAGGGGACAUUCAGAGAACAGCUCAAUCUCGGUUAAGGUUGGAGGGAUGACUUGUUUUGUUGAGUCUCAGUUUAUCUCAAACCAUGACUUUCUUGAGGAGGAGUUGAAAGCAUGGUGGCGUAGCGCCGGGAAAAUUGCCGGGAGAAGCGGCGGUGGCGGCGACAUCCCAACGGAAGAAGAACUUGAUCGGAAAAUUGAGCUGAGGAAGAUGUUAGGCUUUUAG